AUGAACCCUUCAGGGCCUGCACAGCCUCCUAAAGAUAUAGCAUACAAAACGCAAGGAAACCCCGUUACCUCGAACCCUUCGGAGCAAUACAGCGCGCAACACCACACACACGGAAAUCCCGUAGACGAGCGCUCACCGUCUGAUAAACCUUCUAGUCUUGAUAAUGCUACGCCUUCGAGCUUAGGGUACGGGAUCCACGGUGCGCCCGCUGGAGAGGAAAAAUAUGGCCGUACUCAGGAGCAAGUCGGUCGAAGCCAAGAGCUGGAUGGCGGUCAAAUGUGCGCUCCGGGCGAGGGCGACGUAGCUAGCGUGGUUGAGCGCAAACCGGGUGCCAGUGGAUCGCAACCAGAUUUAGCCAGCGACCUUGACCGCAAAAAGCAAGAACAGGCUUCUAAGAGGGAGGCGAUUAAAGAAGAGAGGAGACAGGGUAGAGCCCCCGAUGAUGGGGAUGCUAGGGCUAGUGUAGCGACUUGA